UUUUUCACCGAAAUUGAAUCCCAAAUUUUAAAUUUUUUACAAAUUUCAAAAUUUGAAACCGAAAAUUGAAAAUUUAGGGUUUUCAAAUAGUCCAAUAAUUCAACUGCUCCCCCCCAAAAACAAGUCUGUAAAAAAAAAAACAAAAAACCCUAAAAAAAAUAUUCUGGUCCAGAGUUUCAGAAGAGUUCAGCGAAUCAAACACUACUGAUUCUGUAGAUUCAACCAAAGAAAGAUUCAAUGGCUCAAGCUGAAAGGCUUGGUUUGCGAAUGCAAAAGGAACUUAAACUUCUUCUUUCUGAUCCACCUUUCGGUGUUUCUUUUCCUAUGGUCUCUGCUGAUCCAUCUGAGCUCCCUACUUCAUCCUCCUCAUCUUCCUCUUCAUCAUCAUCAUCCUUGUCCACCAUUAACGCCUGUAAGCCCCACUCUCUCUCUCUCUCUCUCUCUCUCUCUCUCAACUUGAUUCAUUUUGGUCGAUUUUCAUUUUUUUUUUUGUGUACAGUGAUGGAAGGGCCUGAAGGAAGUGUAUAUGCAAAAGGGGUUUUUAGUAUCCAGAUUCAAAUACCAGAUCGAUAUCCAUUUCAACCACCAAACGUGACAUUUUUGACUCCAAUUUAUCACCCUAAUAUCGAUAAUGGAGGACGUAUUUGUCUCGAUAUUCUUAAUCUUCCUCCCAAGGGUGCAUGGCAGCCAUCUUUGAACAUUUAUACAGUAAUAACUAGCAUUAGGUUGCUACUGAGUGAGCCUAAUCCUGAUGAUGGCCUAAUGUGCGAAGCAAGCAGAGAGUACAAGUACAAUAGACAAAUUUUUGACCAAAAGGCACGCUCCAUGACCGAAAGAUAUGCAAAGGCAGGCGGGGUAAUUGGAGGUAGUGGUGGAGGAAACACUCCUAAAGAUAAUCCAAGCAUGAUUGGAACUGAAGGAGUGAACCUAGAUUCUAGAAGUGUAGAAAAUGACGCCAGAAACAUAGAGAAUGAGAAGAAACCAAGUUGUAAGACAUUAGGGGUCAGGAGGAAGUUGUCCUUGGAAACAUCGGUUGCACCUCAGGUUAGUAAUAGUGACGACAAAGUGAAUGUACAACAUAAGCACAAGCUAUCCCUCUCGCUGUCUCAAAGUCUUUCAAGUGGCAGUUCAUCCAAAUUGUUGGCUGUGGGGCAGGAUGAUAAUCAUCUUGAACAACCAUCUCAUCAAGUACAUCCCAGCAUUAUUGGGAGUUCACAGAAGCUCUCUGUCACUAAGCGGAAGUUGUCAAUGGAGUCGUUAGGUCGCCCAAAGAGUAAGGAUGAUGAUGUUAAGGAGAGUACAGCAUUCCAUCGUGAUUCAUCUCUUUCUCACUCUGAAAUCCCUUCCAAUCCUCCCACAAAAUCUCAUUGGCCGCAGGUAACUGACCAUGUUGAACAGCGACCCGAGCAAGGUUCUGAAAGUAAAAUUGAAGACGCACCCGCUAAUGUGAGUAGUAAUAAGAAGCAGCGUGCGCUCAAAAAAAUGUUGCCUGUUGAAGUUUCCAGUUCUCCUCAGUACUCAAAUGAGGAUGGCAUAGAAGAUUUGUUAUCGAACAGCCACAGGACUACACUCGGAAGCCUAGAUACAAAUUCAUCCAAUACCUUAAUGCCAACAUCUGACGAAUUUGAAGAACAACAGACUUAUCAAGAUCAUGGUGGAGGAUCAGGAACUAAAAGUGGAACAAGUAGUCAAAGAGAACAACGUCGAUUUGGUCGAAAACUUUCUCUUGGAAUGUCAGGCCUAACCAGGAGGGACAACUUUGAUAAUAAGGAGAAUAUACCUCCAAAUCAGAAUUCAUCAUCCACAGACUCUAAAAGCUUUUCUAUUGGUUCUUCAGCGAAGUCCCCGAAAUCACUUACUAGAAAACGUGGUAGUGAACUACUUCACCAAGACAGUGUAAAGAAAACAGUGUCCAAGAAGCAACGAAAAGAGCAUCUUCCUGAUGCCGAAGCAGUGGUAGUGGUGGAUAGUGAAGAUAGUGAAGAUGAAGGUAAGAGCCUGAAAAGGUCUAGACUGUCACUUUCCCGGAAACGUUUGGUGGGAAAAAAGCUAAAGUAGUCAUGAACAUGAAUGCUCUCAGGUUAAACUUUCUCAAUGUAAAUUCUGUUUUCAGACUUUUUUUGUCACUAUUUUGAUGUCUGAUUCCUAAUUGUGAACUGUACAGCAAAAAACCUUGAGCAUCAGAGUUUCUGCAGAACUCUGAGAAACAAGGUUUUUGUUCACUAGUAGAAAAUUGUAAGUGUUCAUUGUCAGA